AUGUUCAAUGAUAAGUUUUACACCUACUGGAAGAACAUGAUAGAGAUUUUUAUCAAGGCUGAAAAUUACCAGGUUUGGCGUGUUAUCGAAACUGGUGAUUUUGAAAUAACUGCAACUAAUGAUAAGAACGAGGUAGUUCCUAAACUUAUUUCUGAUUAUGAUAAGGAAUAUUAUCAUAAACUUGAAUUGAAUGCUUUAGCUAUAAAGUAUUUGCACUGUGGACUUGGACCUCAGGAACAUAAUCGUAUCAUGGGAUGCAAAUAUGAAAGGUUUGAAAUGCAAUCAAAGGAAUCUAUAGAGGAAAUGUUUACUAGGUUUAAUGACAUUAUUAAUGAAUUGAAUUCCCUUGGAAGACACAUUCCUAUUGAUGAACAAACAAGAAAGAUCUUAAGGAGCCUACCACAAGAUAAGCGAUGGAGAUCCAAGGUUACUGCCAUGCAAGAAGCCAAGGACUUCACGAAGUUUAACAUGGAACAACUAGCUGGAUCAUUGGUGACUCAUGAACUUCACCUGAGUUCCAAUACUGAAAGAUCCAAGAACAAGAGUCUUGCUCUUAAGAGGAAGAUCAACCAUAAGGCAAGACUUGAGGGGGAACUUGAGAAAUCCAGGAAAGGUAAACAACCUGUAGGAUACAGAGUUCCAGUUUGGAUCACCAAAGCUCAAACUAAAAGAACAGAAGGUUUGGGUUUCAAAAAGAAGUUUCAAAAGGAAAAGAAGUAUGUUGACCUACCUAGUAGUAUUGUUUGUUAUUUCUGUGGCAGUACUGGACACAAACAGAUUCCAGUGAGGGGGAACAACACUUGUUACCUCGAUAGUGGUUGUUCUAAGCACAUGACUGGAGACAAAUCUAGAUUUAUCUCACUAGAUGCCUACUAUGGGGGAACUGUGACCUUUGGUGAUAACAUGACAGGAGUUAUAGUUCCUAUUGGCAAAGUAGGAAGAAUCAUUCACAAUGACACUGGGAACAUUAUUUUAGAAGGAAAUCGUAAAGGGAACACAUAUGUUGUGGAUCUUAACGAGAGAUUUGGCCGUGAAAGCUUUACUUUACUUGAUAAAUUGAGAUCUAAGGAACUAGUGGAAGGAUUUCCUUGCAUUAAGUUCCUGUAUGAAAAGGUGUGUGAUGCUUUUGUUAGUGGAAAACAUACUCGAAUUUCUUUUAAGUCUAUGAAAUUGGUAAGCACAAAAAGACCUUUGGAACUUGUUCAUAUGGAUCUAUGUGGUCCUAUGAGAAUCCAAAGCACAAGUGGUAAGAGAUAUGUUAUGAAAGAACAGAGAAGAACAGGUAAUCCACUUAUUCACCUCAGAUCAGAUCAUGGAACUGAAUUUAAAAAUUUAAAAUUUGAUGAAUUUUGCACUGAGCAUGGAAUGGAUCACAACUUCUCUGCCCCAAGGACCCCACAAAAAAAUGGAGUGGUGAAACGCAAGAAUAGAAGCCUUGAAGACAUGGCUAGAACAAUGCUGAUCUCAAGUGGUGUGCCUAGGAACUUCUGGGCAGAAGCAGUGAAUACAGCAUGCUAUAUUCUUAAUAGAGUAUCAGUUAGAGCCAUCACCAACAAAACUCCUUAUGAGCUAAUCAAAGGGAGAAAACCAAAUAUUUCUUACUUUAGAUAUUUCGGUUGUAAAUGCUUUGUUAAUAAUAAUGGUAAAAGAAACUUAGGAAAGUUUGAUGAACGUAGUGUUGAGGCAGUAUUCUUAGGAUAUGUCUCUAAUAGUAAAGCAAUAUAA